UUUGGCUACUGAUCGCGUCCGCGCGCCAGCUGAUUGCGCACACGUAUUUAUUGCUUCGAGCGCCCGCACCCCCGCAUUCUGCGUUCUUUUUGCAUAUUACCCGCGUGUUUACAUUUAUUUACUUGCCUCUUUGUAUCGUCACCGAUACAUCUACAACAACAACACACACUUUUCCUUUCACACACUUCAUCAUGUCUGGACGCGGCAAGGGCGGCAAGGGCCUCGGCAAGGGCGGUGCUAAGCGUCACCGCAAGAUUCUUCGUGACAACAUUCAGGGUAUCACCAAGCCCGCUAUCCGCCGUCUCGCUCGUCGUGGUGGUGUCAAGCGUAUUUCUGCCAUGAUCUACGAGGAGACCCGCACUGUUCUCCGUUCUUUCCUUGAGGGCGUCAUCCGUGAUGCCGUCACCUACACUGAGCACGCCAAGCGCAAGACCGUCACCUCGCUCGACGUUGUCUACGCUCUCAAGCGCCAGGGCCGUACCCUCUACGGUUUCGGUGGUUAAAUGUCUCUUUUCUUCUACGGGUAUAAGGCGACUGUGGUGGAUUCCACGUGUAUUUUGACAAGAAACUUUUUACUGUGCUUUUGGCGUUCUCUGGGGUUAUGAAAGACUAUAGUAGGCGUCGCGGUAGACGACCUCUCUUAUUUGAAAUGAAACAAACAACAUGAUCAACCU